AUGUCCCAACCUCAUACUUUCAAAUCUGGUCCACCUCUGGGUGACGCCGGGAUGGCAACAGGUUUUGGCGUCCUUCCCGCUCCUCCCCAAGACCCCCCUAUGAUCAACUAUCGUGGAUAUGGACUGAAUCAACCAUUCGACUUAAGAUCUCGUAUCAAAUUGUCUAGGGAGAAACCUAUGAUAGGUAUAUUCUAUGGGGCGUUUCCUCAUAUCGGCCUGGGGAGAGCUAUAGGUCAAGCAGGGUAUGAUUACGUCUUGUUAGAUUGGGAACAUACAUCUUUCAGUACGGAGACUCUUAUUGAAAUGAUCAAAACUAUUCAAUACGCAGGUGAAGGUAAUACGGCGGUGAUAGUCCGCGUCCCAAGUCACGAUCACCAAUAUAUCGCUUGGGUUUUGGACGCAGGUGCUUCUGGUGUCAUUGUUCCACAUAUUUCGACCCCUGAACAAGCUGAGGCAGUCGUAAAAGUUUCCAGAUUUCCACCCAGAGGAGAAAGAUCGAUCCCUCCCAAUGCUUUACUUUGGGGAUACAACGAUAACGCUCAUGGUGGAGGAGGGAUGUUUGAAGUUUUCAAUCGAGCCGCGGUGAUCGUUCAGAUUGAAGAUGAGAUAGGUGCCAGGAAUGCAGAUGCUAUCGCUUCCGUUGAUGGAAUUGACUGUUUGAUGCUUGGUCCUGGUGACCUUGCCGGUUCUCUUGGUUUGACUUUUGCGACCAUGGCACAAGAUCCCACUUUCCAAGAAUGUUGCAAACUCGUCUCGGACGCUGCUGCCAAACAUGGAUUAGGUGCCAUGAUGCCGUCCUUCAUGCCCAUGGUGAAACCACAUCUCGACAUGGGAUUUACCCUGCUAUCUGUAGCAAACGAUGGUUUCAUCUUGACUCAAGGACUUAGAAAGAAUCUCGUUACUGCUCAUGAAGAUCUAAAGGCUUGGCAAAGCUCACAUGUAGGGGAACAGGCCUAG